ACCGAAGCAAUCAUGGCUCAAUACAACUUUGAAGGAGAUUUCACAAGUCUAAGCGAACGCCAACUUGAAUUCAUCAACAAAGUGAUUUUAGACCAAGAUUUGAAAGCCACAAAAGUGAUUUUUAAUCCAGUGGGACAGGCUGGUGACAAUUUCAUAGGAAACGUUAAAAGGAUCAAUAUAGUAAGUGAAAAUGGGACUGUUAACAUGAUUGUUAAAGUUGCUGCUUCAAGUGAAAUAGCUCGAGCCGUAACUGGUGCUGAGAUCACAUUCCGUAAUGAACACAUCAUGUACACUGAGGUGUUGCCUAAGCUAGUACAAAUGCAGAAGGCAGCGGUCGUUCCAGAAGAAGACCAACUAAGAUACGCAAAAUGCUACGGCUCACUCUACGAACCUCCUCAUGAAACUUUAAUCUUAGAAGACUUGAAAGAUUCAGAUUUCAUCAUGUUGAACAAACUUGAGCCUUUGCCCUACGAUUGUGUCAAAGGCGUUUUGAAAAACUUUGCUCUGUUGCAUUCUCUUUCACAAGUGAUGAAAAAUCUGUAUCCAGCAAAGUACGAAGAGGUUACAGAGAAAUUGACUGAAGCACUGACAGUCUUGUUUGGCAAAGAAAAGUUUCACUUUCAAGCGAAAAUAGCCGAAGCCGAUGUAACAUCUGUGCUUGACGAUGAUUGGUAUAAAGGUUUUAUUGAAAAUAAAUUAAUAGAAUUUUCUGAUUUGAUGCCCAGGAUGUUGAGACAAGAGGGUAACAAAUAUUCAGUCAUCCGACAGGGUGAUGCAUGGACCAACAAUUUCAUGUUCAGAGUGGGUGAGGACUCAGUGCAAACAGUUUUGAUUGACUAUCAAGGGUCAAAAAACAGCAAUCCCGCCAUCGAUCUCCUGGCCAUGUUGCUGAACUGUACUGACCACGAAGCGAGGUCCAAGCACUUCCAAGAAUGGAUGGAUUACUACCAUUCUGAAUUUGACAAGUCACUAUCCAACUUUGGCCUUAAAGCAACCUUGAUAUACCCCAGAGACCAACUGGACGCCGACUUGAAAAGAUACGCUAAAGUCAUGUUUUGCUUUUGUGUGGUUUUCAAUACAUUUUUAAUGAGGAGUCCUAAGGAAGCUGGUGAAAUUAUGGAAAUCAUGAAGAAUACUACACCAGAACAAGUGAUUGAAGCGAUAAAGUCGAAACAAAUGCAUAGUGAAACUCGUGCUCGUAUUAAAAAGCGAGUUGUUGGUAUUAUUGAUACUUAUAAGGCUUUAGGAUUUUUCUAAAAUCAUUCAAUAUGUUAUAUGCAUUAUUUUUUCAUGACAAUGUGCUAUAUGUCUGCAUAUCUUGAUAAACUCAGAAAGUUUUGUGUGUGUAAGUCUUUCAUCCCGGCUGGUUAAUCCCUGUUAAAAUCAGUAUGUAGUCUUUUUUUUCAA